AUGCCGAACUGGGGCGGAGGGGCUAAAUGCGCAGCCUGCGAGAAGACGGUGUACCACGCUGAGGAGAUACAGUGCAAUGGCAGGAGCUUCCACAAGACCUGCUUUAUCUGCAUGGCCUGCAGGAAAGGUCUGGACAGCACAACAGUAGCAGCCCAUGAGUCCGAGAUCUACUGCAAAUCAUGUUAUGGGAAGAAAUAUGGGCCCAAAGGCUAUGGGUACGGGCAGGGCGCCGGGGCACUCAGCUCUGAUCCACCUUCGGAGAACCUGGGUGUCCAGCCGCAAGAAUCCAAGGCUCACCAGCCAUCGACGAAGCCCAGCUCCAAUAAGUUUGCGCAGAAGUUCGGCGGAUCGGACCGCUGCCCCCGCUGUUUGAAGGCCGUCUACGCAGCCGAGAAGGUCAUGAGCGCCGGAAAGCCCUGGCACAAGACCUGCUUCCGCUGUGCCAUCUGUGGGAAGAGCCUGGAGUCCACAAAUGUGACUGACAAGGACGGGGAGCUCUACUGCAAAGUGUGCUAUGCCAAGAACUUUGGCCCAAAGGGAAUGGGGCUGGGGAACCUGGGGAUGGUGGAGGAGCAGCAGUGA